AUGGAUAUAAUGCGCAAUAGACUUCGACAAAGAGCUCACGUUACCAAUGCGUGUACAAAUUGUAAAAAGAGGCGAAAAAAAUGUUCCGGAACAUGCCCUUGUUCAAAUUGUAAAAAAAGAAAACUUGAAUGUGAAUUUAUUAAGUCUAAUGAAAAACGUGGGCGUAAACCAAGACCGAGAGUUUCCAAUGAUUGUGGUGAUUUCAAUUAUUUCAAUCAUGGGCUGUCUACAACUACACUUGCCACUCCACAAACCUCAACAACUACUAUCUUAUCUGUCAAUCCUUCAACAACAAUAACGCAUACUGUUUCAACCUUUGAUGAAUCAUCAACUCGCUCUGGAUUCCUAAAUACACCAGUAAACGAGCAAAACCAUGCCACUUCAACAAAUAAUAAUUAUUCAAUAUCUUUUACUCCUAAUAUUUUUGAUUCAAAUCAAGAAAUUUCUGCAAACAUUAAUAAUAACUAUUAUUCAGAACCAGAUGUUGACUGUUCAUUAUUUUUUACUGCUUCAAAUCAAAUAAUUUCAAUCAAUGUGCAAGAAACUUAUGACUUAUCUAGUGAACCAUACCAAUUUUUACCACCAGAAGCUUGUGAACAUAACAUCACAAGUGAUUCUAUAUCUUUAAUUUCUCAUUUUGAUUCUUUACACUUAGAACCUUGUGAAUAUAACUUUGUGAAUAAUUCUAUAUCUUUUUAUGAUAACAAUAUGAUCUGUCCGCAAUUGCCAACUUCUCAAUUUGAUCCUUUGCCCUCGGGUUCUUUUACGAGUGAUCCUUGUUAA